CAAAGAUGUCGCCUGUUGCUGUUUGACUGACGCAGGUGAGAAAACGACAGGCAAAUCAUGGCGUGAAGUAAGCUGCGGCUCAACAUGGCGGUAACCGAGUGAUGGAAUAGCUACGUGCCGAGAUCCCUAAAUUUGAAUGGAGUGAUUUCAUACAGGAAGAACAACUACCGACUGUUUAUUUCAAAAUGGCAUUUGCACCAUCCAAGAACAUGAAUGGAUCUAAAAUGCAAACUAAGAUGAGCACAUGGACACCCCUGAAUCACCAGCCCACCAAUGAUAAGGUCUUUGAAGAAAGAGGGGAAUUACUUGGGAAAUGGUUUGACAAGUGGACUGAUUCACAGCGUCGCAAGGUUCUUCUCAACCUGUUUGAAAGGUGUUCUGCAUCUCAGUUGAAAUUCUGUGAGCAACAUUUGCGUAGCAAAGUUCCUGCAGAAGCUCUGGAUUUCACUUGUUACCUUCCCAGAGUGCUGGCUUUGUACAUCUUUUCCUUCUUGGAUCCAAGGAGCCUUUGCCGCUGUGCACAGGUGAGCUGGCAUUGGAAGGAUUUGGCUGAAUUGGAUCAACUUUGGAUGCCAAAAUGUCUGAGACUGGGCUGGUAUAUCAGCUUCUCACCAACUCUCUAUGAACAAAGAAUCUGGAAGAGGCACUAUAUUGAGAUGGUGAAGGAACUGAAUGUCACCAAACCAAUGAUUCCGUCCAGAGAGGAGUUUAUUGUGUUGGAUGUCCAUCUGUUACCAAAGGAUCCUGCGGACCAGAAGCAGCUCAGAACAGCAGCAACUCGAUCCCUGCCUCCGAAAGUGCGGCUCGAGCUCCCUCCCUGGCGUGGCUCAGACCGACAUCCAACGGACACCGUACGCUUCAACUAUCUGGACAACUGUGACCCCAUAGGGGAAGAGAGAAAGAAGGGAGGUGGAACCACAUCAGCUCGAGAAAGAAAGAAGCAUCCGUCAACAAACUACAAAAUGAAGAAAGCAAAAUCACUGAUGUGCAUGUCUCUUGACUUCAACUUAAGUCAGAAACACCAAGUCCGCCCAGUGUGGGCAUGUCAAGAUCCAGUGGGCAACUUUGUUUCCAAGGAGGAAGUCAAGGCACUAACUCGGAGUUCUGACUGGAAUGCUGGAAUUUACCCAGCGCCGGUUCGACCUGCCAUACCAGCAAUGAGUGAGAGAGGGCAGAAAGCCUCCCUGAGGACUCAGAGGAGCACUCCUUCAUGCCCGCUCUUUGAGAGUCAGCCAUGGCAAGUUCCCAUUUCGGAGAGAGGGUCUGAUGAAGAAUGAGAGGGCAAAGCUAUCUGGAGCAGAGACGGUAAACCCAUCAACGGGCUGAGCCAGUUAGUGCAGAACAGCAAGGAGUGGCGGAACUGGAGUGGGACUACACUGAAGGAAUGGCUGGAUUGAUGUGUAAACACCACCUUUAAUCAUAAAAUGAAGUGUGACACUUUGAGUGAUUGGGUGAAAUAAAUAUAGUUCCUUCUGGUUUCAUUUUGGUGAAAGUAAGAAACAAAAACGUGUCUCAAAUCACUAAAAACGUAUUAACAUUGCUGCUAAAAGCCCAAAACAUUGAAAUAUUGUUUGUUUCUCUUGCCCUGUGCAAAAUUGAGUUUUGCACCUCAUCUGAUGUGUUAGGACAGAGUACAAAGAAAAAGAGAAGCUAACCACCCGCCCCACCCCCCCCCCCCCUACCCAAACAGGGAUGGAAAUCGGAAGCUGAAUGCAACUGCUAGUAGUGGGUUCUGUGCAGAGUAAGCUAAAGUCUGGAAUCCCUUAACUUAGGUUCACAAUUACAUCCUCCCAGCCACAGAGAUCAUGCAUUUGCACAACAUCCAAAAGGUAUAAUUGUAUUGGAUUAAAAAAAAACUGUGUUAGCUCCAUCUUCUGAUUUGUAGUGUGGUAACAUUAUGAUUAACAGACUAGAGUGGAGUAUGAUUGCUGUAAAGUUAGUUGACCAGACUUCCUAAUGUACAAUCACAAAUAAAUAGUUUAAGUCAUGA